UGCGUUCGUCAUCUUUUGAUUUGCGCAAAGUCGAAACAGGUCAGACAUCGUCGACUUGCAUGGGAGGGGGUUGACAGGCAUCGAGAGCGACCCCUACUGGACCCCUACACAGAACUCUGGACUUCUCCGCUACCCUGUUUCUGUAGCCGGUAAUACCGCCUCAUAUUACUCUAGCUUUCCGAGUUUGCUGUGGUUUGCCUCCCACCUGUGUAGCAAAGAUGUCGAAGGACCAGACGCCCAGGACGCCUCCGCGGAAUGCAAGGCAACGUUUGUGUCGAAAUGUUGUUAUUCAUGGAUUUUGUAAAUUCGAGAAUAAAGGCUGCGAAUACAACCAUGAUGCCACGAAAGCAACUCCAGGAUCACAGCCCAGCUCGAGUCCAGAUCUAAAGUCAAAGCUGCGAGUGGACUCUCCGAUCUUCACGCCAACGUCGCUUGCCAAUACUGUUAACAACGAUGGGAGCAAUCUGUUUCCGUAUGCGACUACGAAGGCGGGCGACAGAACAUCGGCUCGGAUACCAACGGGGGCGUCUGGGCCAGGGCAUGACUCAAUACCGACGAGCAUGCAUCAACCGUACGACGCCCAAGCAUACAACUAUUACGGAGGCAACACCCCAGGAGAAAACAUGGGAUCAUACGGGGGCCAACAACAGCAUCAGGUGAUGAUGUCGGAUAUGGGGAUGGGACAUGCGAUGGCACGGAUGAGUCUGGGGCCAUCUGCACAGCUGUCGGACGGGCAGCAGCAGCAGGGAGGGUAUUAUCAGCAAUCCUCGGACGAAUAUUACCCGCAACAACAGCAGAUGCCGAUGGUGGCGCCUCAACAGCCGUUGCAAUAUCAUCUGUACACCACGCCACUACCACAUAUCUCCAAUUUGCACCCGCAUCAGAAGACGAUACAUGCCUUUUUUAUGGCGGAUAAGCUGAGGGAGGAGCUGCAACGGAAAAGCGAAGCAAUACAGCAGGUUCUGGAUACCACAUCGCCGGAGUACCAACGGCUACCUUCGGAAAUCCAUCACUACCACUCAUUCUACCCACUGGACGUCCAUCGGGAGCGAAGCGUGAAAGUGUUUGGAUAUCCGACAUGGGUGUAUAAAGCGUUUUCGUCCAAUGACGGAAAGCCUUAUGUUCUGCGGAGAGUGGAAGGCUUUCGUCUGACGAAUGAAGCAGCAAUGUCGAGCGCGGAAUCGUGGCGGAGAAUACGGCAUUCGAACAUAGUUUCGGUGCGGGAAGCUUUCACCACGAAGGCGUUCGGGGAUCAUUCACUGGUGUUUGUCUACGACUACCACCCAUUAUCCACAACCCUCUACUCAAAGUACUUCAGCCAGCCAGCGCACAAUGUGGCCGGAGUCCCAGAGAAAAACCUCUGGAGCUUCAUCACACAGCUGGCAUCAGCGUUGAAGACCAUACAUUCGGCAGGACUCGCGGCGCGGAUCAUUGAGCCUAGUAAGAUUUUGUUGACGGGGAAGAAUAGGAUACGGCUAAAUUGCUGUGGGAUCUUUGACAUGCUUACCUUCAAUGGGGGGAAGAACACUCCACAUCACCAACAAGAAGACCUCCUCCACUUCGGCCAACUAAUUGUAGCACUAGCCUGUGGCUCGCUAGCCGCCGUGCACAACCUGUCAAAGUCGAUCGAAUACAUUGUGCGACACUACUCGGCCGACAUGAAGAACGUGAUCCUGUACCUGCUGAGUAAACCUAGCCAGUACAAGACAAUAGAUGAUGUCGUGACGAUGAUUGGGCCAAGGAUCUUGCAUGAGAUUAAUAGUGCUCAUCACUACAACGAUCUACUGGAAGGCGAGCUCACCCGCGAGCUCGAGAACGGGCGACUAGUACGCCUACUAUGCAAGCUUGGGUGCAUCAACGAGCGACCAGAGUUUGACAUGGACCGGACGUGGUCGGAAACAGGCGACAGGUACCUCCUGAAACUGUUCCGAGACUAUGUCUUCCACCAGGUUGAUGAGGAUGGGACGCCGAUUACCGAUAUGGCGCAUAUCAUUCAGUGUUUGAACAAGCUGGACGCCGGCAUAGACGAAAAAGUAAUGCUAACCUCCCGCGACGAGCAAUCCUGCCUCAUCGUCAGCUACAGCGAUCUCAGAUCCUGUAUCGAGAACACCUUCUCCGAGUUGCUCAAGAAGCGGUGAUGCUUCCCACCCACCGCCCUUCUCGGACACUACCCCAACUAUUCUGCAUCCAUCUUUUAGUACAUUUUGUCUAGGUUUUGGGCUGGAAUUGGUCGUAAUUGGGUUUAGUCCUUGGGAUCCUGCCUUGCAAGUGUAUAUCCCUUGUUUUGAUGAAAUGCUAUUGAUGCAAAAAUGUUUGCUGGCAAGUUGGUGUUGAUUGGGUUAUUGCGGAAGUUGCACAUUGGCGUAUCGUAAUG